CGGGGUAUUUCCGGGUCUGUAGGGCGGGGCCAAAGGAAUCAGCCAAUUAACGCCGCUACGGGUUGCGAAGGGGACCAAUCAACUGGCCGCUUGCUGAGUCUGUCGUCGUGGGCGGGUGGUAUAGCUGAGAACCAUCAGCUAGUGAGCGGGGGUGUCAGCGCCUCUGGCUCAUCUCCCAGAUUCACACCUUAUCAGAAGCCCAGCGACCCUGCUUCCAUGUCAGCGGUGGGCACAGCACCCCGGUACCUCCACGCCCAUGGCCUCUAGCCUGAACAGGACCGUUUUCUCGUCUUCUUCCGCCUCCACGGACGCUGAUGACGAGGGCGUGCGCGGCACUUGCGAAGAUGCUUCUAUAUGCAAGAGGUUUGCAGUCAGCAUUGGAUACUGGCAUGAUCCUUACAUCCAGCAUUUUGUGAGGCUGUGUAAAGAGAGGAAGGCCCCCGAAAUUAACAGAGGGUAUUUUGCUCGAGUUCAAGGUGUCAGUCAACUUAUAAAGGCAUUUCUGCGGAGGACAGAAUGUAACUCUCAAAUUAUCAACCUCGGGGCUGGGAUGGAUACCUCGUUCUGGACAUUAAAGGAUGAAGAUCUUCUACCCAAAAAAUAUUUUGAAGUUGACUUUCCAAUGAUAGUCUCAAGAAAACUGCACAAUAUCAGAUAUAAACCUCUCCUAUCAAAACCCAUUAUAGAAUUACACUCGGAGGAUACACUUCAAAUGGAUGGAAACAUAUUGGAUUCAAAGAGAUAUGCCAUUAUUGGAGCAGAUCUCCGAGAUAUACCAGAACUGGAAGAAAAACUAAAGAAAUGUAACAUGAAUACACAAUUACCGACACUCCUGAUAACGGAAUGUGUGCUGGUGUACAUGACUCCAGAACAGUCAGCAAGCCUCAUCAGGUGGGCGGCCAACAGUUUUGAGUCUGCCAUGUUCAUCAACUAUGAGCAGGUGAACAUGAAUGACCGGUUUGGGCAGAUCAUGAUUGAAAACCUACGGAGACGACACUGUGACCUGGCAGGAGUGGAAACCUGCAAGUCCUUAGAGUCACAGAAAGAACGUCUCCUGUUGAAUGGGUGGGAAACGGCCUUGGCAAUGGACAUGAUGGAAUUGUACAACAGAUUACCCCGAGCUGAAGUGAGAAGAAUAGAGUCCCUAGAAUUCCUGGAUGAAAUGGAACUUCUUGAGCAGCUCAUGCAACAUUACUGUCUGUGUUGGGCAACGAAAGGUGGAGCUGAGUUUGGUUUGAAGGACAUAACUUGUUAAACUGUUCAAGUUUUGCACUGAGCUAGAAGCAGAAGCCACUAACCUUCUUGGAGUUGACAUGCUGAGUUUCCUGAGUUUCGACCAGGCCUCAUUUCCAGUCAGUCUCAGAACUGUUACUGAGUUGUCACACCUGCUCCUGUUGAUCUGUUGAUUAAAUAAAUUUCAGUUGCCAA